CACUCUUCUGCAGACUCUCAGAGUGUGAGGGAGUGUGUUCAGUAGUGAGAGAGUGGCUGAGAGACACCAGCUCUGACUGAAACAUUGACACCUGGUUGCAUGUGUGAAGUUUAGAAGAUGAUUGAGAACUACAACAUUCCUUUCUGGAUCUACCUGGCUGUAGUGUCUAUGUUUGUGGGUGGAGCCAUGAAGAAGAUCCUGGCAUGCCACCUGAGCGUCGGCCCCACUCUGGUGGCCUGGCUGGGGGCCACGGUUCUGGUGGAGCGGCUGUGGGUCUUCUGCCUUCCAGCCAUGCUGCUGCUGGUGCUGCUUGCUGCCAUGGGCUGCAUCUACUCACGGUCCAGGACCGCCCAGCUGCCCAACCUUCCUGCCCAGGGCAAAGCUGUCUUCAUCACAGGCUGUGACUCCGGCUUCGGGAAUGCGGCGGCAAAGCGUCUCGACUCCUUGGGUUUCGAAGUUUUCGCCACCGUUUUGAACCUGGAGGGAGACGGAGCCAGAGAGCUGCAGAGAAGCUGCUCCUCCCGCCUCACCCUCCUACAGGUGGACAUCACGCAGCCGCAGCAGGUGCAGCAGGCGCUGCUGGACACCAAGGCCAAGCUGGGCCUCCGAGGUCUGUGGGGUUUGGUCAACAACGCCGGAGUGUGUGUGAACUUCGGAGAAGCAGAACUGUCCCUGAUGUCCACCUUCAGAGGCUGCAUGGAGGUGAACUUUUUCGGCACGGUGGACGUCACCAAGAGCUUCCUGCCGCUGGUGCGACAGGCCAAAGGACGCAUCGUCAACAUCUCCAGCCCCGCAGGUGACCAACCGUUUCCAUGCCUGGCUGCAUAUGGAGCGUCCAAAGCAGCUUUGAACCUCUUCACUGAAACCCUGAGGCAUGAGCUGAACCCCUGGGGGGUCCGAGUGAGCACCAUCCUUCCCUCCUCCUAUAAGACAGCUACCUCCACCAACCACGCCUACUGGGAGCAGCAGCACAAGCUGCUCCUCCAAAGUUUGUCUCCGGCGCUCCUUGAGGAGUACGGCGAGGACUACAUGACCGAGACCAAGGAUCUCUUCCACAGCUUCAGCGAGCACGCCAAUCCAGACCUCAGCCCCGUCGUUAACACCAUCGUCAAAGCGCUACUCUCGCCACAGCCGCAGGCUCGCUACUACGCCGGCCCUGGCAUCGGAUUGAUGUACUUCAUCCACAGCUAUUGCCCGUUCAGUAUCAGCAACCGCUUCCUCCAGAAACUGUUCCUGAAGAAGAGUCUGGUUCCACGAGCGCUGAGGAAGCAGUCGGGUCUGGAUAUGAACCUUGGCCUCCACAACAACAACAACGAGGAGAAGCUGCAGCAGUUGUAAUCUCUUAAUAAGAGGACGUCUAUAGUACCACACUCAAUAAGCCUGCCAUGUUCUGUUUAUCUACCUGAUUGAGUCCAUCCAGGUUGUUCAGGGAACAGCAUAAGGUGUGCUCCGUGAACACACUGAUUUCAUGUGCCUUUAUCAAGCAGAGAGCUGGAAACCCACCACAGCAGCAGCAUCGGGUCACUGGUGGACCAAAGAGGACGCGCUCAUCAAUCAGUCAUAAAUUAUUACCACAUAACGGUGUGGAAAGCCAAGGUAUCACCCGGGUUCAUGCUGCGUUCUUCAGCUUGCCAGACUCCACCCGGCUGGUGUCCUUGGACACAAAAGGAACGCUCCCACUCAACAAAUACUCGCUGCUGAAUGUCUGCCCACUGGUUUCUGUCUCAUCAAGUCAUGAGAGGACAGGAAUACACCUCAGACCCCUAGAUGUCUGCGUCACAUGGAGUCAUUUCAAAAUAAAAGGUCCAAUACAAACACAAAACAGACAUUAUAGUAAAACCUCAGUUCCUCCGCCUACAAACCUGCAUGUUAAAGCUGCUGUAACAGUAACAGGUCUUCAUUCCCAAACCUGAGGCACAUAUUUAGUCGGAAAUAUAUGCAUUUAUUUAAUCUAAAAUAUGCUUCAAAUUUUAUUUGACCCAUAACCAGAUCCCACCUCUGGAUCAGUCAGAUGGUUUCUCCCUCGUUUUGAGUCGAAAUGUCGAAAUGUUUGUAGCAGAUUUAUUGUUGAGCCAGUCUGGUACCAUGUACUGGAAGUUAGAGGAGUGUGUGUGUGCGUGUGUGAGGGUGUGUGUGUGUGGUUGUGCGUCUGCAGAUGCUCAGCAAAAACUGAGUCUCUGAAAAAACAUCUGUGGAACCGUUCCAUUUUAUUCUGUUUUUUUUUUUAUCCAACUAUUAAUGGUAUAUUUUUUUCUCUUAUCAUCACUUAAACUGUGAAUUUUAUACAAAAAAAAUGAAAAAUAGUAACAAAAAUAUUGUGUUCACUUUGUUUAUUCUUUCAUAGAAAUAAAGUUGACUUUUUCAGA